AUGGUGUUGGGCUGUUUGCCUCCGUUCGUUGUGGAGCGAGGUAUGCGCCUUAAUGAGAACAAGAUUGCCUAUGCUGACCUCCAUAAAACAGGUUCCAUUGAGGCCAAUUGUGCACGAGACCGCUUGCUUCUUAGAAAGCAGAAGAGUGUUGCUGUCCCACGUGGAGCGAGGAAAGAGGUUGAGGUUCCCGUCAUCAAGCACGUCGACGCAGAGGAGGUCAUCCACGUGGAGAAGAAGGUGGAGGUACCUCAAGUUCAGGUGGUCGAGAAAGUGGUUGAGGUGCCUCAGAUGGAGUCGGUGGAGGGGCGCGACCUCAUUGAGUACAUCCGCCUCCCUCCAGAGCGGCGCCAGGCUGCACGCGAGUUCGAGGCUGUGGAGGAGGUGGGAGAAGAGCUGCCUUUGGAAAUCGCGGAGCCGACGGUGGAGCAGCGCGGGGAGUGGACCUGGCGGAUCAUGCACAUAGGAGGUAAUCUGGUGUAA